CCAAGAAGAAGAGAAGAGAGGUCGGCGGCCAUAGCCACGACUUUUGUCCAUGAAUUUGGGUCGAUUGGAUAAUCGACCCCAAUUCACUAGAAGAUCACACUAGACCGGAAACCGUUUACUCAGGCAGUGUCGGGCUUGUGGAUGGCCAUGUGUCACGCCACGGUUCGUUUACAGGCCGUAAUCGAAACCCCCUACCUUUGCGAAGCAAAACGGAGUCCUUGUCUCUCCUGUUCUCUUGUGCAGCACCAGAAGGAAGUAGGACAUUGAUUUGUUCGGACAGGGCGAAUUGGUGGCAGCAAGAACGUGGAGUUGGACUUAGCAGGGGGAAGCGUGGAAUACUGGUGCGGGAGUCCGAGUACCGUAUUGCGAUUGUGGGUGCAGCUCGCUGUACGCCAUGGCGGGGGCCUUACAAAUUGUAAGUCCUUCGCUGGCGGUUGGACAUGGAAUUGGGGUUGAAACUUUGAGGUGCUGGUCGAAAGCUGGCGGUCUGUCGAUGGCCUCAUCGUCAUCCUCGCUGUACUGUAGAAUUGAUAGUUUAAGCGUAAGAAGGGCGCGAUGUGGAUCGUGGAUUCAAAACUCCAGCAGGGUAGACGGACCAGCGAGAGCGUGGAGAUUGUCGCAGAGGAGCAAAGGAAACUCAUCAAGAUGUCGGGCCGAGAGGGAUGAUGAGAACUCCGCAGGUCGAGGUGGGCCUGCUCUUGAAGACCCUCCUGGCUCGGUUCAAGAUGAAGCAGAGGAAGAAAGUCAGUUGCAGUCUGGUUUAUCAUCUUGGCUUUAUCCUAGCAAGGACGAACUUCCGGAUGAGAAGGAGAUGACGAUAUGGGAUCAUUUGGAGGAAUUACGAGAAAGAAUUCUGGUAUCUGUAGCAGCUGUAGGAGUUGCAAUUUUGGGUUGUUUUGCUUUCGCGAAGGAUCUCAUUGUCCUCCUUGAGGCUCCAGUCUACUCUCAAGGUGUCCGUUUUCUUCAGCUCUCUCCUGGUGAAUACUUCUUCACCACUCUGAAGGUUUCUGGUUACUGCGGUCUUCUCAUCGGGAGCCCUGUGAUCCUCUACGAGAUCAUUGCGUUUGUAGUUCCUGGACUUACUCGAAGCGAAAGGCGGUUCCUCGGACCUAUCGUUCUUGGCUCAUCCGUGUUAUUCUACACCGGUGUCUUAUUUUCGUACAAAGUGCUGACUCCAGCAGCUCUGAAUUUCUUCGUAAAUUAUGCCGAAGGGGUGGUGGAGUCCCUUUGGUCAAUUGAUCAGUACUUUGAAUUCGUGCUGGUCUUGCUUUUUAGCACCGGUUUAGCUUUUCAGGUACCGGUGAUUCAAUUGCUGCUCGGUCAGACUAGGAUAGUCACAGGUGAACAAAUGCUUUCUGUGUGGAGAUACGUAGUGGUUGGAUCAGUUGUCGUCGCCGCUGUUCUGACUCCUUCCACGGAUCCUCUCACUCAACUUCUGUUAGCUGGUCCACUCAUUUUUCUUUAUAUGGGUGGUGCUUUCCUAGUAAAAUUUCUCGCUCCUGUGGAAGAGCCAAGUAAUUAGCUUUAUUCUUGUGCUAUAUAAGCUAGAUUGUGACUGACCCUUGAGUUCGUUGCAUAGAAAACGAAAUGCACUUUCCAAGUGAGAUAUGCUUUUAAUUGCACUUGGUUGUAUUUGAGUCUGUAAAUUACGGCUGGCGCCGGUCCAACAUGAUGUACUGCGCGAUGAAGUAUUCAGUCGCUUCUAUGAGAAGGAAGGUGGAGCUGACUCUCGUCAAUGUUUUAAGUUCGUGCAGCCGAGAGUCCAUUGUAUACUCGCAGCGUAAGAUGCAUGUAAUGAGACAUCAUCAUGAAACAAGUGAAUUAUCGGUGGUGUUCCAAGAUCAAAGAGGGCUCAACGAAAGGUGGUGUUGUCAUGUGAUUCAGAUUCCUGUCCUGACUCGGGCAUAUACGUGAAAGCCACGAGAAGUUCAUGAACAAUGGGCACUUUCUAUCGAAUCUAUUUUGUUAUUAUGCA